GCAUUGACACAUCGCUAGAUACAUUCAAAAAUUACAGUGAAAGGUACACUAUGUUGAGAUCAUUUGUCAUACUUUUAUCUCUACAAGUAUUUAGCGCAUUCUGUUUCAGUGCAGAGGACUGUCUUAAAGAUGUGGCCGCACCAAAUGUGUGUGAUGCAUAUUUUACUGUUUUCAAGUGGAACAAUAAACUGCAAAAAUGUGAAUCAGCCGUUUACGGAGGUUGCAAUCCAACCAAAAAUAAUUUUCCUACAAUGGAGGAAUGCCAGCAAGUUGCAGAACCGAUUUGUAAACGUUAAUUGUCAUAAAUCUGAUUGAUGAUUAAAUCUUUUAAGAAAA